GGAAAUUUGAUUAAUAUUUUUUAAAUGGAAACCAACUACACCUUGACUAACAUCGAGGAAACUGAGCAGUUCCUGUCAGCCAAUGGGAUAGAAUUCACUAGUGUUAAACAUGUAGCAGUACCCACUGUCGAGAAAAUGCUUGAAGAAGUCAAAUUUGAAGAUAAAAAUGUCACUUUUGCGAAGAAUCUUUUCCUCAAAGACAAAAAGAAGAAGACCUUAUACUUGCUGAUAGCCAAGCAUGAUACUGUCUUCGAUUUCAAGGGGCUUGCUAAGUUCCUCAAAACAGGGUCUAGCAAUAUUAGAGGUGGAGAUGCUGAUAAAUUGGAAGAAAUACUCAAGGUAAAGGGAGGAUCUGUGAAUCUUUUCUCCAUCCUCAAUGAUAAUGAGAAUAAGGUUGAGCUUCUUAUGGACAAGGCUCUGUACGAUCAAGAAUACAUUGGAUUUCACCCAAUGCAGAAUGAUGCUACUUUUGCUAUCUCAAGCUCUGAUAUGGAGAAAGUCAUCAAACUCUCCAACCAUGAACCCCAAGUCAUUAACUUCUCUGAAUUAAUAGUAUUAUCUGAAGCUGGAAAGGAUAAACAAGAGAAGAAAGAAAAACCAAAGAAAGAGAAGAAGGAAAAAGUUAAGGAUGAAGACCUUCAUGAGCUUGGAAUCACUAUCUCUAGACAAGAUGACUUCUCCCUUUGGUACUCCCAGACUAUCACUAAGAGUGAGAUGAUCGAGUACUACGAUGUCUCUGGAUGCUACAUUCUUAGACCUUGGAGUUAUGGAAUCUGGGAAAGAGUGCAAGGAUUCCUUGAUAAUCUUUUCAAAGAAAACGGAGUCGAAAAUGCUUAUUUCCCAAUCUUUGUCACUGAAAAAGCAUUGACAAAAGAAGAAGACCAUCUUGAAGGAUUUGCCCCUGAAGUUGCUUGGGUAACCAGGAGUGGUAAAACAGAAAUGAAGGAACCAAUUGCCAUCAGACCAACAAGUGAGACCAUCAUGUAUCCAGCAUUUGCUAAGUGGGUACAGUCGCAUAGGGACUUGCCAAUCCUUCUAAACCAGUGGACCAACAUUGUGAGAUGGGAGUUUAAACACCCAACUCCAUUCAUCAGAACAAGAGAGUUCUUGUGGCAAGAAGGCCACACAGCUCAUGCCACCAAGGAUGAAGCCACUAAAUUUGUGUAUGCAAUACUUGAAUGCUAUGCCAAAGCUUAUGAAGAAAUGUACUCUGUCCCAGUCAUCAGAGGAAUCAAGAGUAGAGGAGAGACUUUUGCAGGAGCCGACUUCACUUCAACCGUCGAGCUUUUCGUGCCAGCCAACGGAAGAGGAAUUCAGGGAGCUACUUCACAUUACUUAGGACAAAACUUCUCCAAGAUGUUCGAUCUCUGGUUUGAAAACGAAGAUAAGAAGAAAGACUUCGCUCACCAAACCUCAUGGGGAUUUACUACCAGAUCGAUCGGAGCUAUGGUUAUGAUCCAUGGAGACGACAAGGGACUCGUCUUGCCACCAAGAGUUUCUCAGGUUCAAGUUGUGAUUGUCCCAAUCUCAAACAAGACGAACUCUGACCAAAUUCUUGAAGUAGCUGACAAAGUCUUUGAUACAUUAAAGAAAGCAGGAAUCAGAGUCAAGAUUGAUGAUAGAAAGAACUACAAGCCAGGAUGGAAGUUCAACCACUGGGAAGUCAAAGGAGUCCCAAUCCGUAUCGAAAUUGGUGCUAAAGAUAUCGAAAAGAGUGAAAUCAGAGUAGUCAGAAGAUUUGACGGAAAGAAGUUCCAGCUCAGUACUGAAGGUUUGGCAGACAACUUACAUGAAGAACUCCAGAAAAUCCAACAUGAAAUGUAUGAGAAAGCUGUCAAAGAAAGAGACCAAAGAAUCAAGAAAUCAGCUACUUGGGAAGGAUUCAUGACAGAACUCAACCAGAGAAACUUAGUUCUCACUCCAUGGUGAGACAAAGAGUCUUGUGAAGACAAUGUUAAAGAAAGAUCAAAGGAAGAGUCAAAGCAAGCUGAGAAUGCUGGUGAAGAAGUUCUCACUGGAGCUGCUAAGACUCUCUGCAAACCACUUGAGCAACCAGAACUUGCUGAAGACACUAAAUGCUUUGCUUGUGAUGCUGGUGCAACAGCAACUGCUUUGUGGGGGAGAUCAUACUAAUCAAUUUGCAAGUCAAUAUUCCAAUU